UUAUACUGUCGCCGGACGUGGAAAAUAAUUCAGUUACUUAGGACGAAUAUACGCAMCAGCUACGGUGAUGUGUUCGCAACGAACUUCGCAACGCACAGUCUACAAAACUUUGAGUAGUACGAAUUCUUCUUGCCAAUUCCGCCAAUUACCGAUUUCAUGGCACUUCAUCAUYUUGGCAAAUCAAGAACAAUUAUCCAAUUAACCUUACAAGAACACGAAUACGACUACAAACGAAACGAACAAGCACCCAUCGGCCGACCGACCGAGGAGGGAGGAAAAUCAAACCAAACUGUACCUCAUUAGCAAUCRAAUCAUGGAAGAUCAAGCAGCAUUGAAAUUGGAGGAGCCCGAACUAUUACCGACGGUUGAAAUUUCGAUCGGUGGGAACGUUCUGGUUGUUAAUGUUGCUGCGUCCGAUAAUACUUCUGCUCCAACAACAAACAUGUCAGCGUCGACAACCGCAGCAACAGCGAACGACGCAGAGAAAGAGAACCCCGAUCCGUUUCAAUUUAUGUUGCCUCCUCCUCCCCCGAAAGCGAACAAGAAAAAGGUCCACGGUGACGCAAUCGACAACGACAACGACAACGACAACGACAACAACGAUAGCGACGGGGACUGUUCGACUAUUCCAUCUCUCGACGAUUCCAGCGCAUCGACGACAUUAGACGAGGACUCGACCGACCUCGAACUUUCCCCCUGGAGAAACGAGAUGGAACAAGACUACUCUACCUACAGCUACAAUACCUAUAGCUUCGAGACGUUCGAUCAGGAUGUGCUGGCUCUCUCGGACAAGAUCAUUAUCGACGACCACUAUUCGUGGUUCGACAMGCUUCUGGGCUGUAUUAUAUGCCGGAAUGAUUGGUGGAACGAUCCAACGCUGUCGUGGAUACCCUUCCAGAACAGCUCGGUCUGCAGCUGUACCCAAGGCGGCACUACCGUCAGCAGCCGGAGCCGGGCAAUGAGCUGGGACCAGGCCACCAACAAUGGCACGGAUGGACCAAACGACAAGCCCGUUGAAACCAUCAGUCAGCAAGAYGAAGAGCCCCUGCCGAUGGUGCGGAUCGUCCUUUCGCAGUUACCAAACCGGGAAGAGGGGUCGGACAAAACCAMAAAGAACUCUUCGACUUCGCAAGACGAACCCGAGAAGGAAAAGCCAGCCCCUUCUAUCGCGCGGUUUAUUGCAACGCAAGACGAACCCGAGAAGGAAAAGCCAGCCCCCGYCAGCGCAAAGAUCUCUCUGAAGCACAACCAACAAAAGCCGAAUCCCGAACUCGGCGAGAGGCUCGCCCGCCUGGAAACCUUUAUGAGAUCGUCCACCUUCGGACGCCGGGAGAAGCCCGACGGAGAAUCCGAUAAGGACCUUACCAGAACCGAUGGCGCCGACACCUCCUCGACGUCGAAGAUCGAUGGAAGUGGCGACAACCCCGAAGGCGUUCCCGGAUACAUUUCGCGCACGUUAUCCGACGACAAGAGCAAGGAAUAUGGGCUUCGGAGGUUGUUGACCAACCGGAAAAACAGCAAGGACCAAUCAAAGCUGCAAUUGCUCUACGUCGUUGAAGAAAUCGUGGCACCGAAAAAGGUACAGUCGGAGGCUAAUUCAGCCCCCAMAAAGCUGCUACCGAACAAAUGGGAGAGGAAGAGCUCGAAGCGGUGGAACGGAAGGGCUCCCAAGCUCCUCCGUGUUGAGGAGAGCGUACUAGUUGGAUCAAAAGACGAUCAAAUGCCGAACCGGAUCACAACUUAAAAUUCAACGAUGGUAGUACAGCAGCACCGAAGCCGACGAAUGCAAUUGGGUGCAACAUCAUCGGCGGAGGAAGGAUCAAGUUAAUCCACAAAUCCAAAAAUCCACACAGGGACACAAAGUAAUGCAUGCGCCUGCAAGCGAAGGCAAUACCAGAGCUGGGACACACGGAGGAARAGCAAAGGAUCGAGCGGCCGACGGAACAAACGUACAAGGAACGYAGCCCGCCAAUGGAACCAUUUGGCUGGUCGAUGUUCGAGUUGUUGGGCCGAGACGAUUGCUCGCAACAUCACCGAGCGGUUCAAAAAAUACCCGAGAGAUUGUAUGGUGUUCGUUUGUUCGUUUCUUCUUUCGUGUUGUGCGAAUCAUACAACAAAACAGCACAGGACAYCGACACACUCAGUCUCCUUGCAACAAAACGCAUCGAAUCCAAUUCAUCCCUCAGAUAUCGUAUUCAGGCGAGUCCCGUCAAAAGUCAUGGUACAACAUUGUAGUUUCAAUCUUCAACUUUGUGGCAUCGUUCCCAAUACAUGAACGAAAGAAAGAUUAGUUGUGUUUUAUGCGUGGAUUACGCAAUGACAUACGAAUGCUGAUAUUAUAAUAGUAGUGAUAUUAUGUGCGUGAACUUCGACGGAUUCAUAGUAGAGAAGAUAUUCAUACGACAAAACUUUCAGGUAUGCUUUCCUUUUACGUUGUAACAAACAACAGAAGAAUUCUCUGGAAGUGCGGGCACAACAAUGGCGUCCACCAUGGACGGAUCUCGACGGUGUACGCAAGCGUUUCGGUGCCGUUCACCCGCGAACCCCGCACGGUCUUUCCCCCCCCCACCGGUCUCGUCCGUUGCCCAGCGAACCACCGUCCCAGCCAUUGCUGCUGCUCGUGGACCGAGUCCCACUCCCCUCCACAACACUCGAUGCACGGCAUUCGGAGCCGUGUCCCAGCCGUUUGAUGCAAUCCCGUGCCUCCAAUGGAUUUGUCUGCUGCAGUGCGCAAGGCACAACGCAACACGCUCCGAAACAAAGCAUGCACUCCGGUACAAGGCUUCCAAAUGUGUGUGUGUGUGUGUGGCCUAUCGUCUGCCUUCACCGACAGGUCAAACACGCAUGUUGAAGACUCGUAAACUCCUGGACGAGAUCCGCAUUCCCACAAAGGCUUCGAAAUGUCGUCUCUCCCCAAAGACAGGUUGCACAGUUGGCUUCACAGUUUGUGUUGUACACUCCGAAACGAACCCUGUACUCCGGGRCAAGUGUUCAAGACCUGUGUCCGRCCGGYCGUCUGCUCCAUCGCCGACGGCCACUCGUGAUGUUCAAGAAYAUCCAUGCGCACUACGAACGUGUGCUUGGUAACAAUCACCAGAAUAACAACAAGAAGCUUUCGGCGUGCAAUGUGAUCUGCGAAAUUAGUGAACCCUAAUCCACAAAUCGGAAGGCAUCUUCAACAGGGUCACCAGUCACAAGUCAUCACAAAAGAAUCUUCUCGAUGUACCGCACAGAGGUUCCCCUAUCGUCAAGGAAGCUACCUUACGACCAUCAUAGUGCCGGACAACAUACGAGAACCCCCACGUUACCGUGGUUAUCAGAUGCAUACCGGUACSUGAAUCCUUGCGAUGAAAAUAAAUGUACGUAAGGUAC